AUGCCGUUCGCGGGUGUAUCUGUCAUCUCCUGCGGUAAGCUCCUGGAGGACACCUUCCCAAUGCCGGUGAUCAACGCCAGUGCCGCCAGCGGGUACCACUUGCUCAUCGUUGAAGGAUACUCGUGCACCAGCAGAUCCGCGGUGUCUCGCUCAUUCACAGUGGGAGGCCACACCUGGCGCAUCCAUUACUACCCGGACGAUGAUGGCUUCAUAUCACUUAAUCUUUACCUGCACGAGGAACCAACUGCAACACCCGUCAAGGCGCAGUACAAGUUCAGUUUCAUCGAUGAGAGUGACAAGCAAGAGUCGGCACGUAUCCAUCGCCUCAAAAUAUUUGAAUUUCAAGCUUACAGCGUGAACAGCUGCGGUAGAUUCAUGACACGAGAGAACUUGGGGAAAUCCAAACACUUCAAGAACGAUAGCUUCACCAUCCGGUGCGACAUCGUGGUCAUCAACAAUGUCACCACCACCACAACUUCUGAGUUCAAGGAGAUCGAGGUGCCAUCGUCUGACAUGCAACGUAACUUCAUGGACCUUCUCCUGACCGGGGAGGGCACCGACGUGGUGUUUGAGGUCGGCGGUGAGACUUUUGCCGCCCACCGCUGCAUCCUUGCGGCCCGGUCUACAAUCUUCAGGGCUUUACUCUUCGGCCCCAUGAAGGAAGGCACAUCAACAAUGGUACAGGUAAAUGACAUGGACCCAAAUGUGUUCAAGACGAUGCUUGAUUUCAUCUAUGGUGACUCGCUGCUAGUGCCGGAGGCCGGUGAGAAUAGUUGGGUCCUGCUACAGCACCUGCUCGUCGCAGCGGACAGGUAUGACCUCCAAAGAUUGAAGCUCAUGUGUGAGAAGAAACUAUGCGAGCACAUCAGUGUGAACACUGCGACGACCGUCCUGGCCCUGGCUGAUGAGCAAGGCUGUGGAGAGCUGAAGAAAGCGUGUUACGGUUUCCUCCGCUGUCCGGUAAAUCUGAGGGCAGUCGUGGAUACCGAAGGUUUUGAUCAUCUGCAGGGGAGCUGCCCUCAUCUUAUAAAGGACAUUAUCUUUGGCGUGCUGCCCUCGUAG